AUGCUGAAUAAAUCGGUCUACGAUUUCUCUGCUGAGACACUGGAGGGAGUGAUGGUACCACUCGCCAGCUUCCAGGGUAAGGUGCUUCUUGUCGUCAAUGUGGCCACCUUCUGAGGGUCAACAAUAGAAGAGUACCAUCGACUGAAUGCACUCAUGGAAAUGUUCGGUGACAUCAACUUCACAGUACUGGGCUUCUGCUGCAACCAAUUUGGCCUUCAGUCUCCUGAGGGGAAUCAUGAAACCCUGAACAUCCUUAAGUACGUGAGACCCGGAAGAGGAUUCGUGCCAAGGUUUCCCAUUUUUUGUAAGGUGGACGUAAAUGGAGUUAACGAAGAUCCGCUGUUCACCUACCUAAAGGAAUCUUUACCCUUUGUGAACCCUGUCAUUGGCGACAUAAAGAAGUUCUAUUGGUCACCAAUCACUGUCAAUGAUAUCCGAUGGAACUUUGAAAAGUUUCUAAUCACCGCAGAGGGCAAGCCCUACAGAAGGUACGAACUUCACUGUCCAAUCGAUAAGGUGGAAAAGGACAUUGCUGAGCUUCUGUAA